UAAAUAAUUGAUAACAUUUUAGUAACUAGAUAAGUUCAAUUACUGAGUAUAUAAGUAACCGAUUUUUAGAAUAAUCAUUUAUUGUUUCAAAUCAUUGCUGACUGAAGUUAAAUCAUGUGGUUUGUAAUUUUAUUUGUGGGCAUUGCUGCAGUUAAUGGCAUCCCGGUUGCAAGAGUAGUCGGCGGUGGAGAUGCACCAGAUGGAAAAUAUCCAUACCAAGUAUCACUGAAUGUAUUAAAUUCCCAUAUAUGCGGUGGAUCAAUUAUUGACAAACGUUUUAUUUUAACAGCCGCCCACUGUGUUGUCAAGAUGCCAGAAGUUUUCAUGACAAUUGUCGUGGGUACGAAUUCACUGAGCAAAGGAGGAGAUAUUUAUAAAGUUGACAAAUUUAUUAUUCAUGACUUUGAUCCUUCGAUGAUUUUAAAUGACAUUGCGUUGAUUCGCACUAACAGGGACAUUGAGUUUAAUGACAAAGUACAGCCGAUUAAAAUUAGCAAUCACAAUUUCCAUUUACACGGAGAUCCUGCUGUACUUACAGGAUGGGGAUACACGCAUGCCUCGGGAGUAAAUGCACCAGACAGAUUACAAGAGAUAAAUCUUAAGAUCUACGAACACGAAGAGUGUGAAAAACAUUGGUGGGAUUUACCCGAGAGUCAAAUUUGCACUUUGACCGAAAGUGGCGAAGGCGCUUGCAUGGGUGACUCCGGUGGUCCAUUGGUUGCCGAUGGUGUCCAAAUCGGUAUCGUUUCCUACGGGGAGCCAUGCGCCCAAGGACUUCCAGACGUCUACACCCGCGUUUACCAUUACGCCGACUGGAUAAUCGACAUUAUUAUUUUAAGUCUCGAGUUAAAUAUCAUCAGCGUUACGAUGCAGUCAUUAGCUAUUUUGCAGAUUGUAAUUAUUGGAGUUGCAGCGGGAUUGGGAUCAUCUAGAGAAGUUCCUCGAGUCGUGGGCGGCAGAGAUGCACCAGAAGGAGCACAUCCCUAUCAAGUGUCAUUAAGACGUGAGAAUUCUCAUUACUGCGGAGGUGUUAUCCUUAAUAACCGCUGGGUAAUUACUGCUGCACACUGCGUUGUUCUAGUUAAUUCAACUGGCGUGACAGCAGUAAUGGGCACCAACACGUUAUCAAAAGGUGGAGAUGUCUAUCACCCAGAUUUAUUUAUAGUUCACAAAAAAUACAAACUUCUGUUUAACGAUAUCGCUCUGAUAAGAGUUUCGAAGGAAAUAAAAUUCAAUGAAAAAGUCCAGCCGGCGAUGUUACCGGCAACCGACUCUAGGUUCGAUCACUACGCAGUAAAACUUUCCGGCUGGGGUCGAAUUGAGGUCAAUGGUAAAAUUCCAGACAACCUUCAGGAAAUAGAUCUGCAAGUUAUCAGCCAACUCAAAUGCAGAAUUUAUUUCCCGAUUAUGUUGACCAGCGGAAAUGUUUGCACUCUUACAGUACGAGGGGAGGGGGCCUGCAACGGUGAUUCCGGUGGUCCACUGACGGCCAAUGGAACUCUUGUCGGUAUCGUGUCAUAUGGACGUCCCUGUGCCAAAGGAUUCCCUGAUGUUUACACUCGAGUUUUCCACUACCGCGACUGGAUCAAUCAAACAAUCGCAGCCGCUAACAAAUUGUAUGAUAAUCAUUUGGAAAAAUUAAUUAUCGACUAUCAGUAAUUUAAUAUUGUAAAAUAGUUUGUAUUUAUAAUCAGUUAAUUAAUAAAAAUAUAAUAAUCGAUAA